AUGGGACACGUAGGAUGUUGCUUUCGAAAGCGUCUCAGAGUAGAGAAACGCCAAGUUCUAGUAACAGAGGAGCUUCAGAGAAGGAUAUCUUUAAAAGCCCAUAAAUUGCUCAAUCCGGAAUCUGGAAAGAUACAAGCCGAUGGAUCUGGUUCUUGGUUGGUGUCAGAAUCGCGUUUCCUGAAGGCCAAACGUCUGGGGGUGGCGGCUUGUAUGUUAAACUGUAUUGGAAUAAUCAGCACAAUGUGUGGAAUAGUUCUUCUUUUGAUGUACUUUGGAACUGAACCACAGCAGCGAACCUCACUCCUGAAUGUUAUUACUUCUUUCAUUCAGUUGAAAUCGGCUUGCCAUCCUGCUCUCAUUCGACCAGCGACACCUCCAUCAACAUAG